GUCAGAGCGCCCGCGCUGGCGCCGAGGGAGGAGUGGGAGCCGAGAGCCGGCGGGCGCUGAGACUCCGGCUCCUGUCCGGCCCGGCGAUGGAGUUUCCGGACCUCGGGGCUCACUGUUCCGAGCCAAGCUGUCAGCGCUUGGAUUUCCUGCCGCUCAAGUGCGAUGCCUGCUCGGGCAUCUUCUGCGCAGACCAUGUGGCCUACGCCCAGCAUCACUGUGCAUCUGCUUACCAAAAGGAUAUCCAGGUACCGGUAUGCCCCCUCUGUAACGUGCCUGUGCCUGUGGCCAGAGGGGAGGCCCCCGACCGCGCCGUGGGGGAGCACAUUGACAGAGACUGUCGCUCAGACCCAGCACAGCAGAAACGGAAGAUCUUCACCAAUAAGUGUGAGCGCCCCGGCUGCCGCCAGCGGGAGAUGAUGAAACUGACCUGCGAGCGCUGUGGCCGAAACUUCUGCAUCAAACACCGGCACCCACUGGACCAUGACUGCUCUGCGGAGGGGCGCCCGACCAGCCGGGCAGGACUGGCCGCCAUCUCCAGGGCACAGGGCCUGGCCACUUCUGCGAGCACCGUCCCCAGCCCAAGCCGGACCUGGCCUUCCUCCACUCCCAGCAGAGCCACAACCCAGUCUCCAUCCCGGACAGCCCCUCCAGUGGUUGCUUUGCAGAAUGGCUUGAGUGAGGAUGAGGCUCUGCAACGAGCCUUGGCAUUGUCCCUGGCAGAGACCAAACCCCAGGUCCCCAGUUCUCAGGAGGAGGAAGACCUGGCCUUAGCACAGGCACUGUCAGCCAGUGAGGCAGAGUACCAGCGGCAGCAGGCGCAGAGCCGCAGCUUGAAGCCAUCCAACUGCAGCCUGUGCUAGGGCCCUGGGCUUGGGGAGGGAGGCUCGGCUGAGGAGGACUGUGGCCCUCACAUCUCUAGGGUACACAGGGAGAGGAGGCCCCGAGCGGCCUGGAGUGCACAGAUAAGCAGGAGUAACAGGUGGCCUCCAGGGAGCACCAGGCCCGUGGAGAUAAGACUGCAGAAGGCCCUGCGAGCUCUCUGGCGGCAGGGGACAGCGGCGAGGAACCGUUCCCUGGUCGGGCCCUCCACGGGCGCUGAGCAGGCCCUACUCUCGGCCUCCUUCAUGUCAUCCCCCUAACCCCGGGGCUGCCCCGCUGUGUAGUGGGCAGGGAGGGGCCUGGAGAGAAUAAAAGAUCUUGGCAGACUAAGA